AUGCUGCCUUACCUGUUCCCUGAGCUGUCCACCUUUGCUACAGUCGCCGAUCUCAUCACCCACCUUCGCACUAGUGACGCUCGCCUGCGUGCCGCCCUUCCCACCGAGUUCUGCGCUAAGAACCCCCCUCCACUGUACUGGACGCUCCAUUUCAUAGUCACCCGUCUCCCUGACACCCUCAGCUCAGUCCGAGACUACUUCCUUGCCCGCUGUCCCACUGAGCUCACAGUCGCCCUCCUAGAGGAGAAGCUGCUAGCAGCCGAGAAGAGCAUUGUAGCUGUAGGUGCUGCUCGUGGCGCUCCUCGCACCCCCAUCUUUGAGGGGUGUUCUCCCUCUCCCCUCGCUCCCUCCUACGCUGCUGCUGUUGACCUCCUUGGUGCUGAGUCUGCUGGCGCUGCUUCUGCUCCUGGUGGGAGGCGCCGCACCGGCAAGGGCAAGGGGGGCAAGGGUGGCGGGGGUGGCGCUGGGGGGGGAGGUGGUGGGGGAGGUGGAGGAGGAGGCGGUGCUGGAGGGAGCGGUGGCGGGAGUGCUGGUGGGAGUGGAGGCAGCGGUGGGGGCGGGGGCGGCGGCGGGAGUGGUGGCAGCGGUGGCGGCGGUGGCAGCGGCGGUGGCAGUGGUGGCGGUGGCGGCGGCGGCGGUGGCGGUCGGAGCGGCGGUAGUGGCGGCGGUGGUGGUCGGAGUGUAGGCCCCAGCUCGGGCCAGACCUCUCAGCAGCAGCAGCGUCCUCAGACGACCCAGCAGCUCCGUGAGUGGCUUGCUCAGCGUGGGACGUCGGGAGGCAGUGGUCGCUGUUCCUAUGUCAUUCGCACAGGUGAACGCAAGGGGCAGAAGUGUGGGAGGUUCCACACCCAGUACCGCUGCUUCUCCCGCCUUGACGACGCUUGGCGUGAGGAGAUGGGCGAGGAGGUUGAGCGCCCCCGCUGGGCUGAUCUGAUGAGGGCUGGUGUUGAUAUCUUUGCUCUUGAUUAUGAUGCUAUUAUUGCUGCCAUGUAUGCAUUGACUGUUAGUGCUGAGGGGGACUGUUACUUGUGUGUGCCGCCUGACCCAGGUAUAGAGCCCACUGCCCUAGGUACCAGCGAGUCUGCUCUCUCAGGUACUGUGCCUUCCGAGGCUACUCCCUUCGGUACACCCCCUCCUGCUAGCGAGUCUGCGCUCUCCGGUACUGCGCCCGCUGAGGCCUUGCACACCUUCACGCUUGACUCAGGUGCUUCCCGCUGCUUCUUUCGUGACAGUACUGAGCUCACUCCCCUCCCUGCACCAGUUCCAGUCUCCCUGGCUGACCCCUCCGGGGGUCCAGUUCUUGCACGGAUCACUGGGUUGACACCUUCACCCCUGGAGGACAGCGUGUGGCGAUCCUCACGUGCUCCAGGACUGGCCGUCACCUGGCUACGUUCACCCGUCGACCGGGGUCGAGUCUCUACACACUGA